ACGAAAUCGUCAAAUCCUCUUUACAUCUUCAACCACUAUUGCUUCAAUUCUAGAACUCCCAAGAAAGAUGUCAGCCCAUUGCGAAUUCUCGCAUUCUGUAGCACCAGAAACAUUCAGCACCACACCAACUUAUUCUUCUUCUUCAUCAUCAACAGGAACAUCGAACUCCGGGAACAAGAAGAAUAGCGAUUGCAAGAGAAGGUUCAGUAAGGAUCAAAUAAAGUUACUGGAGUCCAUGUUCGAGACUGAGUCCAGGCUUGACCCCUCAAAGAAGUCGCAGCUAGCUUCAGAACUUGGCUUGCAGCCUCGCCAGGUGGCCAUUUGGUUCCAGAACAGACGAGCUCGAUCCAAGUCCAAGCACCUUCAACGUUCUUACUCUCUUCUCCGAGCCAAUUACGACGUUUUGGCUUCCAAAUUCGAGGCUCUUGAGAAUGAGAAUCAUGCAUUACAACUAGAGUUGCAGAAGCUCAAGGAUUUGGAAGACCAAACCUUUCGUCGCAAGAAAGUGAAAGAUGUGAAAAUGAUAGAUAGAGAGUGUGAUAAUGGUAAUGAAGAGGCCAUCAAGUGUGAAGCGGAGGUGAGGCCGAGUCCAUCAAUAGAAAGAUCAGGACAGACACUUGGGAUUCUUUCAGAUAAUGAUCGGAGCAUAAAGACAGGCUAUUUUGGGGUUGAAGAUAAACCUACGCUUCUGAACUUUGGUGAUAAGCGUACUGAUUGUCCCAGGACAUCACAAGAAGUUUGGAGAAAUUUUGAAUCUGCGGAUGACCUCUUGGCCCAGUCUGACACUGGUUAUCAAUGGUGGGACUUGUGGUCCUGAAUGAAACAGUGAAGGAAGUUUUGCAAAUGGUGAUAUAUAGUUCCGUAUUUCUGUUCUUAUGAAGUUACAUGGAAAAGAUCGAGGGCCAUACAUAACAAAGUGAAGAUUUUCUGUUCACAUCUUCAGAGUUUAGGUAAUGGCCAAUGCCGAGUUUGCAUCGAGUAAAUUAAACUUGAAGGGCAUAAGAAUGGAUUAAGGAAAGGGUCAAAAGGUCUGAGGAAAUGGGAUGUUUGAUUUAAAUCUGAAUGAGGACAAAUAUGCAAACUAAACCUUCCUUUUCUUCCACUUUUCCUCUGCUAUUUUUAAUCCAAGUGCACUGUUAGGAGUGUUUUUUAGCAGACUAAAAAUGGCAGGUAAAGAGCAAUGCAAGUUACAUGCAUGUACGGAUGUACCUGUUCAAACACA